AUGACUACUGUAAUAAAAGUUGCUAAUGAACAAGAAAUUAUCAAAAAACUUUCGUCUUACAUAGAGAAAAUAUCAAACGAUGCAAUACUCAAUAGAGGGCACUUUUUCGUAGGUUUAUCAGGAGGAUCUGUAGUAAAAUAUCUUUGUGAAGGUCUUCCGCAAGUUAACACAGAUUGGUCAAAAUGGACUCUAGCAUUUUGUGAUGAAAGAGUGGUGCCUGAAGACAGUGAAGACUCAACAUUUGGAUGUUACAAAAAACAGUUAAUACCUAAAACCGAGUUGGAUACAAACCAAUUUAUUGUUAUUAAACAAGGAGUUACAGCCAGUGAAGCAGCAGAGGACUACGCGGAGAAGUUGAAAGAAGCCUUCAAAAGUGAUGAAUUUAAAUUUGACUUACUUUUAUUGGGCAUGGGACCAGACGGGCACACCUGCUCAUUAUUCCCUGGUCAUCCUUUACUAGAUGAAGUCGAUUUGAAAGUAGCGGCCAUUACAGAUAGUCCCAAGCCACCUCCAGAAAGGAUAACAUUGACAUAUCCAGUUAUAAAUAGUGCGAGGAACUGUAUUUUCGCUUGUAGCGGAGCUGGGAAAGCUGACAUGAUAAAGCGUAUUUUGAAAGACCAUGAAAACUUACCUGCUGCAAGAGUGAAACCGGAAAGUGGCUCCGUUUAUUGGAUCGUUGAUGAUGCGGCUGCGGCGCAUUUAUAA